AUGGUGGACACGCAACAUUUUUGCCUCCGGUGGAACAACUACCAGAGCAGCAUCACCAGCGCCUUCGAGAACCUCAGGGAUGACGAAGACUUUGUGGACGUAACGUUAGCUUGCGACGGGAGGAGCUUGAAAGCUCAUAGAGUGGUUUUAUCUGCCUGCAGCCCCUACUUCAGGGAGCUUUUAAAAUCAACGCCAUGCAAGCACCCAGUAAUCGUGCUGCAAGAUGUGGCCUUUACCGACCUAAACGCGCUGGUAGAGUUUAUCUACCACGGCGAAGUCAACGUGCACCAGCGGAGCCUGUCGUCGUUUCUCAAGACCGCGGAAGUUCUGCGCGUAUCCGGCCUCACACAAAAUGAUGAUGCCCAGGGGCCACUUCUCCAAAACCUGACGCGCGCCGCGGCCGCGGCCGCCGCGUCGCCGCACACACCCCCGCACACCGUGCACACACCGCACACCCCGCACACGCCACACACGCCGCACACCCCGCACACGCCCAGCUACAGCGACAAGCUGGAGGAGGCGCUGCUGUCCCACCCGCCACCCUCCGUGCAGCAGAUGAUGCGCCGCAUGCCGCUGCCCCCGCGGCGCAUGAGCCGCUCGGCCGACAACUCUCCCGACGUCAUCAAGCGCACACGCCACGACAACAACAACGACCAGCCCCAGAUCCACGCGGCCGACUUCUCCACCAAGAACCACUCGCUGGUGAACAACGCCAGGGCGCACGAGCAAGGGAACGGGAACGGGAUCUCCAACUGCAGCUCAUCACCGUCCCCGAGGCUGGAGGAGGUGAAGAAUGAGCCGGUGGAUAUGAUAUGCAGCUCGAACGCGGACAUCGAUAGGAGUAUCGAUGACACGCCGCCGCAUUCUCAUCACAGAUCAAUGGGAGGAGGCCCACCGUCACGUGGCAGUUCUGCCGAAGCUGAUGACCGUACGCCACCGCCACAGCUACCACCUUCGCCGUUCAUACCACCCGCUGACACGAAACUAUUCGCUCCAUCUAACACUUACAACUUCACCAUGGCAGCUCUAACUGAACACUCAUCUUUGGCAGGUCUACCGAGUCCACUGGCUCCGGAUGGAAUGGCAGGCACAUCCCAAGGUGGCGCCCGCACCCCCCAGGAAGAUUACAGAUGCGAGCCGUGUAACAAGAGCUUGUCUUCCCUGACGCGGCUCAAACGGCAUAUUCAGAACGUUCACAUGAGACCCUCGAGGGAGCCCGUCUGUAAUAUUUGCCGGCGGGUAUACUCCAGCCUGAAUAGCCUCAGAAACCACAAGUCGAUCUACCACCGAAAGCAGCAACCGCCCACCACGCCCGCCCAGGGCCCCUUCUACCCAGUCAAUUGA